AUGGCGACGCUGUGCCGGUGCCCCGGGCCACCGGCUAAGUCCCAACUCCUGUUCACGGAGUUACAACCGAGUCCGUGGCGGGUCUCCCGUGUCUUCCCGGCUCUCUUGAGAAGGCUGGAGAGGGCAAGCGGUGGCGGAUCUGGGAGCAGGGCCGGGAGUUCCUGCUUCCUGCUCCCGGAGCGAGUGUCCUCGGUAGCCGCCUCGGGGAAGGGAACAGCCCUUCCUGCCGCCGUCCGCGUCCUUCCAGGAGCGCAGCGAGGCGCGCCCCACCCCGGCGGAGGGGACGGUGUUCAGCCGGAGGUGGUGGUGCAGGGGGGCACGGCUGGGGCUCAGCGCCCCCCGGGGGCGCGGGGGACUGGAGGAGAGCGGGAGAUCGCUAGACCCGGGUCAGGGCGCGGGGGCGCGCGCGGCGGGGGGCGACGCGGGGUCCCCGGGAGUCUCCGGGUCCCGUGGCCGCCCGCGAUCUCCUCCCGGGCUCCGCCCCGCCGCCGCGCAGCCCAGCCCCUUUCUCCGGCCUGGUCUCCUCCCCGACGUGCGGGUGGCAGCGCCACUCCCUCCGCUCCCUCCCCGGCCGCGCGCGUCUCAUUCCAGCGCCCAUUCCGCGCAUUCCUGCCGGGCUCCUCUUGCAAACUCCGGCCCCCGGGGGUGGGGACCGCCGCAGCUCCGCGCUCCGGCCCCGCAGCCGUCGCCGCGGCUGGAAGACUUGGCGCCCCGGGCGGACCUGCUGCAGCCGGCCGAUCGCUCCCACCCCGCCUCCCGAACCCUGGGAUCGGUCCGACGGGUGCUCCUCCAAGCCGAGCCUUGGAGGGCAAGGCCGGCACCAUUACCUCCAACGAGUGGAGCUCUCCUGACUCCCCCGAGGGGAGCAGCAUCUCUGGGGGCAGCCAGGCACUGGACAAGCCCAUCGACAAUGAUGCAGAGGGCGUGUGGAGCCCCGACAUUGAGCAAAGCUUCCAGGAGGCACUGGCCAUUUACCCACCCUGCGGCCGCCGCAAAAUUAUCCUGUCAGACGAAGGCAAGAUGUAUGGCCGGAACGAGCUGAUCGCACGCUACAUCAAGCUCCGGACGGGGAAGACGAGGACGAGGAAGCAGGUCUCCAGCCACAUCCAGGUGCUUGCCCGUCGAAAAGCCCGGGAGAUCCAGGCCAAGCUCAAGGACCAGGCAGCUAAGAACAAGGCCCUGCAGAGCAUGGCUGCCAUGUCAUCCGCCCAGAUCGUCUCGCCCACAGCCUUCCACAGUAAAAUGGCCCUUACCCGGGCCCCUGGCUACCCAGCAAUCCCAGGGUUUUGGCAAGGAGCUUUGCCAGGCCAACCUGGAACAUCCCACGAUGUGAAGCCUUUCUCUCAAAACACCUACACUGUCCAGCCUCAGCUGCCUCUGCCAGGCUUUGAGUCUCCUGCAGGACCCACCCCAUCGCCCUCUGCACCGCCAGCUCCCCCAUGGCAAGGCCGCAGUGUGGCCAGCUCCAAGCUCUGGUUGUUGGAGUUCUCCGCUUUCCUGGAGCGCCAGCAAGAUCCCGACACAUACACCAAACACCUGUUUGUGCACAUCAGCCAGUCAAGCCCAAGCUACAGUGACCCCUACCUCGAAGCCGUGGACAUUCGCCAGAUCUAUGACAAAUUCCCAGAGAAGAAGGGUGGCCUCAAGGAGCUAUUUGAACAGGGGCCCUCUAAUGCCUUCUUCCUCGUGAAGUUCUGGGCAGACCUCAAUACCAACAUCGACGAUGAGGGCAGCGCCUUCUAUGGGGUCUCCAGCCAGUAUGAGAGCCCCGAGAACAUGAUCAUUACCUGCUCUACCAAGGUGUGCUCGUUCGGCAAGCAAGUGGUAGAGAAAGUUGAGACCGAGUAUGCGCGCUACGAGAACGGCCACUACUUGUACCGGAUCCACCGGUCCCCGCUGUGUGAGUACAUGGUCAACUUCAUCCACAAGCUGAAGCACUUGCCGGAGAAGUACAUGAUGAACAGCGUGCUGGAGAAUUUCACCAUCCUGCAGGUGGUCACCAACCGGGACACCCAGGAGACCCUGCUGUGUAUUGCGUACGUCUUCGAAGUGUCAGCCAGCGAGCACGGGGCUCAGCACCACAUCUACCGGCUUGUGAAAGAAUGAAAGACUGUGGAGGACAGCGAUGGGGGGACGGGUCCAGGAAGUAGGGAACUGGGAGGGAACCUUCAGGGACAGCCCCCAGAAGUGCCAAGAGAGCCAAGCAGGGCUGCUGUUCUUACCAGGAGCAAACUGCCUGAUCUUGCACUGCUCAACCCCCACCCCCCAAAAUAAACCCAAGGUGUCAGGUACUUCCAGAGGAGCUGGUCUGGCUGUAUGAGCCCAGAAGGGCAGGGGAGAAGGGGGCGCUAGGAGGCAAGCUGGAAGCCAUGGCCAGAGAUGCCCCAGGAUGGUCCAGGAGCCAGAACCCCAGUGGACUCAACCAUGCGAAUCACCAGACACCAAAGCUCAAGACCCGGUGGUCCCUUCUCAGCCGCUGGAACCUUAAACUCUGCUGCUGUCAACUCUGGUGGCCCGAGGACAGGUGGUACAUGGGUCACACACCCAGGAAUGCUGUGCCUGACUUUGUACACCGUCUGUCGGCCCCGCCACUGCUGCCUGAGGAUAGCGACAGCCAAAGGCUCCAGCCCUGCAAACAGGGCCAGAUUUAAGCGUGGCUGCCACAUAGUUGUUGGACAGAAACUGGGGAAGAGCUACUCAGGUGGCUUUGCUCCUUGAGCAGUGCUCCUGCAGGGGCCGGGGGCUCCAGACUGAGGCAAGGCUUGGAGGUAGGGAAUCCUGCAUCGGGGCCGGCAUUUCCAGCUGCCUGACCUCGGCAGGCCCACCUCAGCUCCUCUGUGUGUCCCCUUUCUUCUCUGCUCAGCACUGAGAAGAGGAGGAUGCUAUAAAGUGCCUCGGCCAUGCUGUGCCAGUUAAAUGAUCCAGUUCUUGGCCCCUUGCUUCUCUCCCUCUGGAGGGCCUGGAUCUGUCUCUCUGCUGCCCUCUCAAGGCUUUCUGGGGUCUGCUUCCUCAUUUGGAGUCAGUUCUAGUAGCCUGGAGCCUCAGGAAGAGAGAUCCAACCUGGGCGUGUUGUGCCCAGGACUCAGGGAUGCGCAUCUGUGAGGAUGCAAGAAAUGGGCAGGGCAGCGUUGAGGGGAUGCUCACAGAGGUGAGGAACAAGGGUUCUGGAGUCAGCCUAGCCAGACCCUGGCGUGCGGCCUUGGUCGUAUUAAUGUCAUGGUGCCUCAGUUUCCCCAUCUGUAAAAUGGGUAUAACAUUCACCUACCUCGACUAUGGACAGUGCCUCACAGUGCUGAGCACAUCCACAUCUUCAAGAAAUAAGCAUCGGUACUACCCUUGGGAGCUUCAGCUCCAGCUAAGGAACCAGACUGGGGAGCUACACACGGGGGUAGGGUGGUCCCUAUAGCAACUGCCCGUCAUAGAUAGGAGGGAUCUGGUGGUCUCAGGGAAGAGGUCUUGAGGGAACAGUGUCUGAGAGGAGGAUGGCUAAUAUUUAUUGAUGUCAUUUCUGUGGUUUUUGGUGCUGGGGCAGACCCCAGGGCCCGGCACAGGCUGAGUGACCAUGCCAGAAGUAUGCAAAUAUUAGUAUAUGGGAGGAGGCUGGUAGCAUCUCAGAGGAGGAACACGGACAAGCUGCCCGGUCUUUCUGUAGCUCAAAAUUCCCUCUCCUUAACUCAAAGCAAUUUAACCCAUAUCCUGUGCCCCACCAUAUUGGGGUGGUAGCUGGACCCUUCCUGGGCCCGCUUCCUAGUGCAUUGUAUAGGGAUCCUGCUGUCAAGGGGAGUCAGGGCUCCCAGAAAGACUACUGUGUCACAUGCCCUGUGACAGAUGCAGCCCGUGUUUGCAAAUCCCAGCCCUGGCGCUCUUCCCUCCCUACCUGUACCGCCUGGGAGCAGCAUUCUCGGAAGCUCCAGCCUCACACAUUUCAGGCUUUUAUGCGAGCAGCGUCUUGGCACACGGAGGGAUACAACCCUUUUCUAUCGGAAGCGGGUCAGUCCAGGUAUUGGGUUCCCGUGUGGGUCAUAAGUUCUUCCUUUGUGAACUGACCCCCAUGGCCUAGUAGAGAGUCACCACAGAAGACAGUCACAGUUGCCUCUGCACUCACGUCACUAUGGAGCCUGACUAGAGUACCUCCCUCACCCCACCAAGCUGUGCUGGGGCCAUUUUCUUUUAGUUAAGAUCUCCCUCUCUUCCCUGGGCUAAUAUCUUCAGUGGUCCUCUUGCCUCAGCUUCCUGAGGUGCUGGGUGGUCCCAGCUGCUCACCACUGUGCCCUGCAGGCCUAAAUUAAAGGUUAAGAAAGUGAGGCCCAGAGAGUUUAGGGAAGUUGCUCGGGUUGUUGUUUUUCUUUCCUUCUUUGGCUUUGUGAGUGGUUGUUUAACUUCUGAGGGGUGACAGGCUCUGGGAAUGUGUCCACAAGCAAAACAGACAAGGUGGUGCCUAGCUUGCUUUGGCCUCGAGGCAAAGCUAAGGGGACUUGUAGGUAGUGGGAAGUGUUGUGGAGGGGGAGGGCACACCAAGGUCAAUGCUCAGUGUCACCUUAGGGGAGGCUGCUGAGGCCCAGCAUCUUCAUUGACUCCUGAGCCACAGACAAGUGGAUCCGAAGGAACAUUCCAAGGGAGAGAAUGGAGAGUUCUGAAGUCAGGGAAGGGUUGGGUGUGUCCAGGGGUAUGUUGAGUGACAGAAGUUGGACGUAGUCCCUUGCCAACAUGCCAGGUAGAAAAAAGGCCAGUCAGUCCUUUGUGUGCCCUGCACUCCCUGUGUGGAUGUGGACUUUGGAAUUCUGUCAGGGUGGUAGCGAGGCCUGGAGUUGUUAAGUGAGGGAGUACAUUCCCUUGAUGCUGUUUUUAGAAAGCAGCUCUAGACCCCUUGGUUUCUACAAAGUCGCAGGUGUAAUUGUUGCUCCCAAGCCCAUCCAGCCUGCUCCCCUAGGCAUCUGGGGGUGGAAACUAUUUGUUUCCUGCCUCUGUUCCACUUAGCAGCCAUGUGAAAGGCAAGGGAGAGUGCGCCAGGCAUGGCCGUCCAUAUUGCUGGGCCCAUGAGGUGAGCGAGGGUCCCCAAGUCCUGGGAAUAGAGAGCCCUCUGCCCGGGGAGCGAAAACCUUCUGGUGUUAUCCAGUUAGCAAAUAAUGUCAGAAAUGACAGUUAGGGACAGGUUGAAAGGUCUUCUGCCUCACAGGGUCUAACCCUGACAGAGCAGAUUGUAACAAAAUGUCACCAACGUGUCAUAGGAAUGGAAGGAAUGUGUCCUGACCAAAAAACAAAACCAAAAACCACAAAGACCCAAACAAAUUAAUAAUAAUAAAAUCACAGAUACACACACCCAGAGAAUAAGAGAGAGAGAGAGAGCUUGUGUAUAUGUAUGUACACGUUUCUGUGUCCUAGACCUCUGUGAUAGGUGAAGGGGCCUAAGGUGUGGCCUUACAUCCCCAUGCUUUCCCAGCCUGUGAGGACUGAGUGCCUAUGGCAGAGGCUCAGGAGACAGCUCCUGACACCCUGGCCUUGCAGAUAUGCUAACCUCUAUCCGCCAGAAGAGAAACAAUAGGACAGGGAGGGUGAGCUCCCCUCAGGGUUUCUAUCCAGUGGCCAUCUGGGUCUGACCCCUGCUGAAAUCCUAUUUUCUGUCUCAAAGCUAUGGUAGCAGAGGGCAGUGGCACCUUGGAUAACCUAUUUUACAGAUCGGAAAGAAAAUUGCCUUUUUGCCAGACUUAGAGAAUGUAGCUAACUAAUAAGCCCAGCCAGGCGCCUGGUUGCAUGCCUGCAAUCCCCACUCCCUCCAGAAGGAGAAUGAGACCAGUAUGGACUGCACAGUGAAACCUGAUCUCUGAAAUAAAUUUCUUUAAAAAGUA